UCGUGAAUAUCUUUCGAAUGUCAAAGUCAAAGUGGUUGCGAUAGAUUUUAAAAUUAGACAAUUAGGCUAAUUUGAACUAAACCUGUAUGUAAAAUUUCAGCGAAAUCAUAAUUGCAAGACCUACGUAUAUUCAAUAUGUUAAUAUUGUUGUAGAUCGUCGCGAGAUGUCGUUGCAGAAGCUGACGGCGUUGCGCACGCUCAUGGCGAGCCAGCCUACGGCCCUCGCCGCUUAUAUAGUGCCUACAGCCGAUGCCCACAAUUCUGAGUAUAUAGCUCCGGUGGACGCCAGGAGGGAAUGGUUGUCAGGGUUCACAGGUUCAGCUGGAACAGCUGUCGUGACAGCCACCGCGGCCCUUGUGUGGACAGAUGGUAGAUAUUACACGCAGUUUGAGAAGGAAACCGAUCCUGUUAUAUGGACCCUGAUGAAACAAUCUUUACCAGACACUCCCACAAUGGAGAAAUGGCUGACUAGCAAUCUUACAGAGGGCGCCACUGUUGGUGUCGAUCCGUUCGUCAUGUCAAGGGAAACAUGGAGUCCAUUGCAGGUGAUAUUAUCAACAGACUAUAUAUAUAGUCCGGUCGCCGAACGGAGAACAUUUUGUAUGACCUUUGUGCCUGCUGGCAGAUAUCGUAAACAUUUCAGGUUCACUUUACUAUGAUAAAAUUGUCUGGAUGCAUCUGUGCGAGCCUAACAGCGAUAGUUUUGCGCAAGAAUGAGAUGAGAAUAUGUAGUGCAGGAUCAUUAAAAAAAAAGCUUAUUAUAAGGUAUCCGAUUAUAUAACAGAUAAGAACGCUUGGACUUGAGAUGAUCCAGCAACUGGAUAGGUGAUUACUUCUAAACUCAUUAUCUUGUUUCCAUUAUUAUUAAAUGAUUAUGUUAUCAUUAUAAUACCAUAGCUUUUUUCUCUUUAUUUAUUUUUUUUUUCUUCUCUCUCUGUUUAUAAUAUAUUGAUCUGGUAAUGACAUGGUUUUUGUGAAUGUCAUUACUCCUAUUAGAGCUGGUGAAUUUCUUGCUCGUUCUUCUUAUCAGCCAAAAGACGUCCUGAACGAGUGGUAGGGAAAAAAUGUUGGACGAUUCAAAAGUACUUUAAAGACUAUUUGAAUAAAGAUUAUUUUGACUUUGACAUUGUGCGUAAUUGUUUCUGUUCGGCGAUCGAUUGCUGGUGUAAAUUAUAUCCUAUGACCACCGCAUAUGAUAUAGUUUCCCGUAGGUGAAAGGAUUUUUUUAAAUCGGUCCAAUAUCAGAGCAAACUUUAUUUGUUAUUUUCUCUUAAUAAGUAUAAUUAUUAUAUUAUAAGUAUAAUAUUAGUGUAGAUGAAUGAUUAAAUGAAAAUUAACGUGUUAAGUAAACUUUUAACACUCUUUAUUCAAAGCUUGGUCCUAACAGGAUAUUUAACUGAUUUUUAAAAAUUGUUUUAAAUAAUUCUUUUUUACAUAAUAAGCACAUUACGUUAAUAUUUCGGGGAAGUAAAUAAACGCACCUCAUCAAACUGAAAAUGUCAACGGAAAGCCAUAUUUACUAGCGUGUGACGUCAUCAGACAUGCAACGACUUACAAGGAGUUUUCGUCUCAGAUAUAAUGUAAAAAAAAUUUUUUUUUGUGUAAUCUGAAAUAAUUAUAUAUAUUAUUUCAUUUCAUUUAAAAUAAAGUGAGAUAUGUCUUAUUUAGCAUUAUUAUCACAAUCACAAUUUUUAAUAUAUUUUUUUUUGCUAUCAAAUACCUAAAUUGUCUAAAAUCAAAAUCUAUCACGAGCCCUUUUAAAGGUAUAGGUAUGAAAUAGUUAUUUAUGGAACUAUGUAACCUUUAAAGUCGCAAUAGGGAUGAUGACUGGGUAAAAAAAAUGCAAUUCUAUUUAGUCCGUCAGUCAGAUAAUAGAAAAAUAUUAGAUAAGUAUUUUUUUUACUUCAAUUUAACAAGAAAUAGCUUAGAUAACAGGCAUUAAAGUUGAGGAGUGGGGGCUCGCUACGUCACAGUUGAGUAGAAAACGUACCAUAACGUGACGUCAUGCGAAAUUUCAACUCAAUGUAACGCCGUAAUUUUAUGAUUACGAAAAAAAAAAAUACGUUUAAUUAUUUUUUAACACUCUACCUGACGGACAAACAAACAAAAAUUAGUCAUCAUCCUUAUUGCUUUUGGAACGAAUGAGUGAUCAAGAAACAUAUUAUAAACUUACCUAUGAACUAGUCGAUAAACAACUCUUUCGUUUGACAUUCAUCGAUAGCUUCCAAGGAUAUUUGCGUCUAACGUUUGUUUUAGACAAUUUCAAUAAACGUUAAAUUAAUGAUAUAGUAAAAUCAUUCAAUAAAUGUUAAAUUAACGAUAUCGUUCAUUCAAUAUCAUUCAUAAAAGAGACAAGUCACAAGUUCGUGGGUAUCUUUCAAAUGUCAAAGUGAAAGGGUUGCGAUAGAUUUGCAAAUUAGAGAAUUAGCCCCCUAUUCCCUUGUUAUAUGUGCAAAUUCUUUCAGACUGCUCUUACUAAAGCUAACAUGCAGCUGGUAGCAGUUCCAAAGAACUUAGUUGAUGAAGCAAGGAUCCAACUUAAUGAUCCAUCACCAGAUAGACCACAUAAUCCAAUUAUACCACUACCGCUUAAGUAUACUGGUGAGUUAGCGCCUUUAUUAGUCUAUUAACGUGCCUGCUAGUAGCGCAGUGACCGC